GUAAAUAUAAUUUAGACAAAAUCAAAACUCGCGUUACUUAUUUUCUGGUAUUUGUUGUUUGCAAUUGCAGCUAAUUUGUAUAUAUACAGUGUACAUAGAAUAUGAGCACACAACAAACUCGUUCGGGGGGCGGCGGAGGUCGUACUCAGAAAAAAUCAAAUGCCGCCGGUGGUGGCGGCGGCGGCGGUGGUGGCAACCAUGUGGGCAACAGUAACAACGAUGCCAACACACAUGCCACCAUAACGGUGCAUAAGCAUAAAGCCGAUGCAAACAAGACAGAGAAACCAGAGAAGGCUCAACCAAAGGCCACCACGGAACAGUUGCGCAUUGCUCAGAUCACUAAUAGCACCACAGAGGAUCCGCAGAUUAAUGAAAAGGUCACCCUAUUGCUAACAAUGACCCAACGCUCCGAAGAGGAGGUCUGCUGUGCUCUAAAUGAGUGCGACUUUGAUUUGCAGGCAGCGGCCAAUUUCUUAAUUGAAAUAUUACCACAGGGCGCCUUUGCCAAGUACGAGAAGAAGCGCAAGAGUAAGACCGGCACCGCCGUGGCAGAUGGAGCUGGCGGCGAUGGCGAGUGGGCCGAUGGCAAUGCAAAUGCGGACAGGCGUGAAAAGUCACGUAAUCGCAGCGCCAAUCGUGGUGGACGCGGCGGCACCGACAGUCGCGGCUGGCGCGGCAGAGAGGCGCGUGAGAAUGAUCGCAAUAUGCGUGAAUCUCGUGGCGGCGAGCGCGGCGGCGAGGAACGCGGAGCCAACGACAACUAUCGUGGUCAGCGCAAUGGUGGACGAGGUGCACCUGGCGGCGGCGGCGGUAGAGAUGGUGGUCCACGCGACUCAGCUCGCGGCGGCGGCUUUAUGUCACGUCCUGGACGCGGUGGAGGUCGCAUGGGUGGACGCGGCGGUGUGGCGCGUGGCGAACGCGGUGGCUUUGCUGCACGCAACAAUGCCAACAAUGAGGAUCAUCAUGAGGUGGAGCUCUGGGACAAUACCAUAGCGCAAAAUGCUGAAAAGCAGCAACAUCAGCAAGGGCACGACGAUGCCUGGGGCGACUGGAAUAAUGAGGAGUAUGAGGGCUCGCUAAAGGACAGCAAGGUGUUUACCACGAGUAAUCUCAACUCGCAAACGGCAGCGACUGUGGUGAGUGUCGGCACUGAGCUGGCGGCGCCUCCUGGCCUGGAACAUCAGCUGGGACAAGCGACGCUUUCGGUAGAGGAUGGCAGCAGCACGGCGCCUACGUCCGCAGCAGGCGGAACCACGCCCAUGAUGCAGUAUAGUGCAGCGGUUAGCAAUCCACCGCCGCAGCUGCAGAGCAGCACGCCAAGCAGUGUUGCAAAUGCUUCACCAUAUGCAUCCAAUGCUGAUACAUUCUCAAGUGCUGCCUCUGCAGCUGCCACGCUGGUGCAGCAGGCGCAGUUGCAGCAGCAGACGCCACUGAAGCCAUCGGCCACACUUUCCGCGGAGCAAUCUCAGUAUUUCAACUCGCUGACGUCGCAAGGCGCCAGUCCCACAGCAGCCGCCGCCGCUGCAUCGACUGUCUACGGCCAGAGCAACAACCAAGCAGCGCCGUAUCCCAAUACAUAUGCAAAUGUGUUUGCUUCAGCGCCCGGUUCCAGCGUUGGCACGCCCAACAACAACAACAACAGCAGCAACAGUAACGAUCAAUCGCAGCCCACGCAAGUGCGUCGUGCUCGAGCCAAGCUGCCGCCGCCUUCAAAGAUACCAGCGAGUGCCGUGGAAAUGCCUGGCGACAAUGCUCUCAACAACAUCGGCUACCUGGAUGUGCAAUUCGGUGCCAUGGACUUUGGCAACGACGACAGCUUUGGCGAUGCGCUGCCCGAGAAGUUCAAUGCGGGCGUUAGCAUCGAUGGACAGUCGUCGCAGCAGCAGCAGCAGCAGCAGGACGAGUAUCAGAGCAAGACACAUCAGCAGCAGGCGGCGCUUACCGCCGGCUUGCAGAACGCGCAGCUGUUACAGGGCGACGCUUUGAGCGCCAGCAGCUAUGCGGCACGCACAACGCAGCAGGCGGCGGGCAGCGUGCUGGAUCAGUUGACCAAGAGCGAUCCCUACGGCCAGGCGGGCAGCGGCAACAAUGGCGGCACAUCCUAUCAGAAUGCCUAUCAGACGAGCGCUGCCAGCAAGGCGAACAGUGCCUAUCAGACGCCAGCCUCUGUGCAAGGUGGCUACAAUAGCUCCAGCUAUGCGGGCGUGCAAUCCUCGGUGGCCAAUAGCUAUCAGCCCUCGGGCUAUGGUAGCUAUCAGCCCAAUGCGGUCAACUCCUAUCAGCAGCAGCAGCAACAACAUCAAGCCGCUUCAGUGGCGCAGAGCGCUGCAGGCAGCGGCGUCGCAGCGACACAAAACAUUCCCAGUGGCGGACAGAACAGCUCCAGCGCGAAUGCGAGCUCCGCCUAUCUGUCCUCGGGAUAUUCGACACCACAAAGUGCUUACCAGUCCAGCCAGAGUGUCUAUGGCAGCACUGGUCUCUCCAACAGCAGCGGGUUUGCUGGCAGCGCAAGCAACUCGUCCUCGCAGUACGGUAACUUUAGUGCUAGCGCUAAGCUCAAGGAUGCGGCCACAGGCGGAGCUGCCUCGCACUACGACAGUGUCUCCACCAGCAGCGGCGUAAGCAGCAGCAGCGCCAGCACGGGCAACGGUCCCGCGGGCGCGGUCAGCGGUGCAAGCGGUGCUAACCAGGCGGUCGUCUCCAACACCAACAACAAUGUUAGUGGCAGCAGUUCGGCGAGCAGCGUUACGGCGGUCAAUAGCAGCGGCAACAAUGUGGCAUCGGUUGGUGGCGGACAGCAGGGCGGACCAGGCGGCAACUCAUUGUCGGGCGUAAGUAGCGGCGGUGUUGUUGCCGGCGGCGGCAGUGCAGCCAGCGUCGGUGUUGGCGUCGGCGUCAAUGCUAGCUCUGUGAGCGGUUCGGUUGCUGCACAAACGGGCACCGCAGCGGUGCUUGCGUCGCUGGCCUCAGCCAGCAAUAAGAACAACAGCAGCAGCAGCAACAGCAGCGGCAGCGGUGGUGCUACAACUGUUAGCGCUGGAGCUGGUGGCGUUAGUGGCAGCUCAACUGGUGGUGCUGGUAGUGGUGGUGGCAGCGGCGGCGGCAGCAGCAGCGGCUUGGUGCCCACCAACAUCCAAAUGGUUAGUCAAUAUAUUCAGACUGGAUUGCCAUACUAUCAGCAACCAGUUUUUUCCUACGAGGAAUUACAAAUGAUGCAACAGAGAGUGCCACAUGUGCAAGGAUAUUAUGAUCUGAACUACACGCCCAACAGCCUCAAUGCUGGACGCGACAAUCUCGGCUCUGUGGCAUACUCAACCAUGACUGAUGGGCGCUUUGCGCGCACCGACAAUAACUCCAGUCCAGUUAGUAACGUUUCAAGCACAAUGUCGCAACAAACAGGCUCAAGUGCGCCUAUGCUGAAUGUUCCUUAUGCCUAUUUCUAUGGCGGCAAUGUUGUGCCCGGCGGUUUCCAAUAUGGCACGCCAGCAAUCUAUCCAACACAAAUACCGGCAGCCAAUACUGCCUCUGGUGGUCAAUUCCCCAAGCCUUCAUAUAGCGCUGGCUAUGGCUCAACCAGCUAUGAUGCGCUCUCUCAGACAACUCAGGAUUAUACCAAGGGCGGCUACUCGUCCAGCGUGAAUCAGCAGAGCAAAACGCAAACGGUUUCAAAUCAGCCGCAGGCGGGCACUGGCUCCGAUUUAACCUCAUCCAUGUAUGGCAAGGGACACGUGGCGCUAAACAAGGUCAAUUCGUAUGACAAGCAGAGUUUCCAUUCGGGCACACCGCCGCCUUUCAAUAUGGCAAACACACAGACAGCCGGUGGCACCUCGGCCCAGCCCUAUGGCAUGUAUCUGCCGAUGCCGGCUGCCGGACACCACAACAUGAUCCAUCAACCCAUACAUCAGAUGGACGGCAGGAUUCAUAGCUCAUCCCGCCGGGAUUCAAACAGCGCCGGACAGCGUCAACAGUCGAGCAGCCAGUCAAAGUCUGCCGGAAAACCGAGCUAUCCUACUUCUUACUGGACUGGACAGAACUAGCUUCCGGAGACGACGAUGUGGCGGCCACUGCAGCUAACGCUGCAGCAGCAGCUGAACGCGAUCCGAGCAAGCGAAUUUUGUAAUCUACUACGCAGCGCCUACACCACAACAACACCAACAGUAGCAGCAGCAACAGCAACAGCAGCAGGAGCAGGAGUAGUAACAACAACAACAGCAAGCACGCCCAUUCACAUUUAUAAUAAUAUCAGUCAAAGAACGUUGCCUACUACAACAAACACAGUAACAACAACAAAUACAGCGCCCACAACAACAGAAACAACAAAUCAGUUAUUAAUGCUUGUACAAGAGACAGAUGAAGAUACAGACACCGUUGAAUAUGAUGCUAAUAAAAGUGAUGUUAUAAGCGAACCACAUUCAUCAAAUGCUGAUAACGAUGAUGAUGAUGAAAAUUAUCUCAUGUAUGAAGAUGACCGAUCAUAUUUUACUUAAUAAGCAAAUGUUUUUACUACAAAAGCUCUCCUCCUCUCCCCUAAGAAAAUACACAUAAAUAGAGAAGCGUAUUUGAUAGUAUCAACAAACAGUUCAUAAGGUAUACAAGCUACCUACCAAGCAUUCAUCAAACAAGCCGCUCACACAACAAACAAACACACACACACACAUACACUCAUACGUCACAC